AUGUCCACUCUGGGAGAACGGAAGUUCUCCCAAAAACCCAUGGGACUAGAGGCUUGCAACCUGCCCGUGGGUUUUAAAUUUCAUGCAAAAAACAGUAAUAGAAAAGAGUCUCCUGACUCCGGUAGAAAGCCUGGUACGGUAGCGCCAGGUAGGACGGGGUUGCAGGAGUCAUGUAGGCUACCGAAACGGAAAAGGACUAGGAUGACGAUCUGUACUUAUAACGCACGCACGCUUGCAUCGGAAGCGGCCAUCGAAGAUCUGAUGGUGCAAGCCAAGAAGAUCAAGUACGACGUCAUCGGACUGACCGAGACGAGACGACGUCACUCUCUCAACGCUGUAUUUGAAACUGGAGAAGAACUGUUCUUAGGAACAUGCGACAGUAGAGGUGUUGGUGGAGUUGGCGUCCUCGUCAACACGAGUAUGGCACAGAACAUCGACUCUUUCGAACAACUCACGACCCGAAUCGGACGUCUGCGGAUGAGAAGAUGUGGUCCCACACCGGCUUUGACUAUCUUCGUCGCUUACGCUCCAACAUCAAGCUACGAAGAAGAAGAAGUCGAAGCUUUCUAUAUGGACCUGGAGAAGUUCUACCGAGAAGAUCAUGCCUUUUACAAGGUCAUAAUUGGCGACUUCAACGCCAAAGUUGGCCCAAGAAGAACGCCGGAGGAACUUCACAUCGGGACCCACGGCCUACAAUGGAAUGACCAGGGGGAGAGGCUUUCCGAGUUCAUCAUGACGACUAAGACCAUCCAUGGGAACUCGCAAUUCCAGAAGCCCUCCUCUCUACGCUGGACGUGGGAGUCACCCGGUGGAGGGUACCGUAAUGAGAUAGACCACAUCAUCGUCAAUAAAAGGUUCUGCCUGACGGAUGUCGCUGUUGUACCAAAGUUCUAUACGGGAUCGGACCAUCGCCUCCUCCGAGGAAGAUUUUCUUUCACGCGGAGAGCAGAGAAAGCCGCCAAGUUCAGCAAGAGAAAUCCCAGAACUACCAUCAACUGGGAUCUCUUCGCUACGUUAGCCGGCUUUUGGGAAGAUUCCGCAAUGGACAACAUCGACGAGGAAUACGACCGGCUUGUCAAACACCUUCAUGACUGCGCGAAGAAGGCUGAGAGUAUUAAAACAACCAAGAGACGCCUGUCUCUUGAAACUCUUGAGCUGAUACGCCAGCGUGGAGCAGCACGAGCCGCAGGGAACCAAGAGCUCACGUCCGAGCUCGCAAGGCUUUGCAGAGAGGCGAUAAAGAAAGACCUUAAAGAGAGAAGAGCAGAAGUGCUGGCUGAAGCAGCAGAGGCGGGAAAAAGCAUCCGCUAUGCCCGCCGAGACUUCGCCAGUCGCAAGACAAGGAUGACAGCUCUCCGGAACCCGAAGGGAACAACCAUUGCAUCGAGAAAGGGAAUGGAGAAAAUCAUCUACGACUUCUACUCUGAUCUCUUCGACAGCCGUGCCCACUUGCCUCCUCACCAUCUGAGGGAAGAUGGACAUGUCAUUCCAGCGGUUCUCCCGUCCGAAAUACGACAUGCUAUCAUGUCGGUGAGAAAUCGUACAGCAGCCGGUCCCGACAGAAUAAAACCAGAACACCUGAAGAACCUUCCGCCAGUACUCAUCAACACCCUGGCGAGGAUCUUCACACGUUACCUGUCGGAAUGCAAGGUCCCUAAACAGUGGAAGACCAGCAAGACCGUGUUGCUGUAUAAAAAGGAGAUCCACAUGACAUCGGCAACUAUCGCCCAAUCUGCUUACUGUCCGUCAUCUACAAGCUCUUCACAAGAGUGA